UUGGUUGAAUCAUACCAGUAAGAAGUAGAAUCGGAUGCUGUGAUUGGUCAGCUGACCCGUCGAUCGUAAAAAAGCCGGCACGAGGAGGCGGGGCUUGAGUUGGCUCGCCGCUGUGGUUUUCUUCAAGAUGGCGGGGCUGAGUUGGAGGCCGUGUCGCGGUGCGUCAAGAAUAAAAUAAUUUAGGAAGGAGGUUAGGUGACCAAUAGGAGACACCUGUGUCAUAUUUAUCUCUCCCAGAAGAUCGCAGUGGAGGAUGAUCAGUGCCUAUAUCCCAUAUUAAGCUGAAUGCAUUGUGAUUUCCAAUAAUUGAGACAGUGAUUCUGAAAGCUGUCUACAUUAAUGAAAAGAACAAUGUAGUCAGCUUAGCAUAUUCACCUCUGGUACGUGGUCUAUACAGGGAUGUGCAUCUGCAUGUAUUCUGGGUUUAGAUAAGAAGAAAGUCUCGUAACAAGUCAGGUUUUAGCAUAUAUUAUUAGUCUGUAUACGUUGUAGUUGUUAAUUUAGAGGACAUGGAGAUAGAUGAUGUUCUACCCCCUCUCCCCUUGGAGCCACCUGAUGGCCUAGAUGAGGGCAGAGCACCUCCACCACCUCCCCUGCAAACGUCCAGUGACGCAGAGGUAAUGGACGUUAGCUCUGGUGGUGAUGGAUACACAUACACCCCAGGGGACGGGGAAGCCAAGACACUGCAGCCCCUCAGCAAGGGCUCGAUAACUAUCUGUAGCCACCUCUCAAAUGAGGCCAGUCCCAGCCCACCGUGCCCCAGAACAGCCCGCCACGCUCCCCCGGUCACCAAGUUUCUGCCAGACCUCAAGCUGCUCAGAGAUGUUAAGAUCCGUGUAAGCUUCACUGAAAGCAGCAGUAGCAAAGACAGGAAGGUUUUGUACACAGGGAAAGGCCAGGAGGCAGGAAGUGAUGAUGGCUUAGGUGGUCUCAAUGGGGAGCUGCACAACUCGAUUAGUGACCAAGAAGUAGCUGAAGGUAGCUCUGGAGCAGGAAAGACUGCAGGCAGAAGGUCAGAGGAAGCUGAGGUAGACCUGGAAAACAAGGUAGAGUUCGCUGUCCUGGACGAGCUGGAUGACUUCUGCGACAACUUCCUGGAUCAUGACAACGGAGAUCAUGGUGGCUUUAAGUCUGAGGUCAUAGUUCAGCAGGAGCAAGCAGAUGAUGAGGCUGCAGCUUACUCCUAUGAGGAGGAGUUUGACAAUGAUGUUGACGCUCUGCUGGAGGAGGGCAUGCCCGUCCCAAAGAAGAUGCGCCCGGCAGAGGACAAAUAUGGUGCAGACAGUGAUCAUCAGUCAGAUGGUGAAGGAGGUGUUCAGCCCAUGAUGACCAAAAUUAAGACAGUCCUGAAGAGUCGGGGACGUCCACCCACUGAGCCUCUACCUGACGGAUGGAUCAUGACAUUCCAUAACUCAGGCAUUCCAGUCUACCUGCACAGAGAGACCAGAGUGGUCACCUGGUCCAGACCCUACUUCCUUGGUACUGGCAGUAUUAGGAAACACGACCCACCAACCAGCAGCAUCCCUUGCCUACACUACAAGAAAAUGAAGGAACAUGAGGAAAAGGAGAUAAAUGGAGAGAUGACAUCUAGUGCAGAUAAGUCCCCUGUCAAGGCAGGCGAAGAGACCAAUGGUGACGAGAGAGCAGGCAAGUCUGACGCUACUACUGAGGAGCAGGACAUUCUCACUGAUGACAUCCAGGAAGGAGAAGGUACCACUGAUGACAUCCUGCAGAAUAAAGAGUCUCAUCCAUGUGACACUGCUCAAGGAGCCUUGGGACAGGUCAAGGCCAAGGUGGAGGUGUGCAAGGAUGAGUCCGUAGAACUUGAAGAAUUUCGUCAGUACCUUGAAAAGUGCUUUGACUUUGAGCAAGUCACUGUCAAGAAGUUUCGCACAUGGGCUGAGCGAAGACAGUUCAACAGAGACAUGAAGAGGAAGCAGGCAGAGUCAGAGAGGCCUAUUCUACCUGCCAACCAGAAACUAAUCACACUGUCAGUCCAAGAUGCUCCUACUAAGAAAGAGUUUGUUAUCAAUCCUAAUGGAAAGUCUGAAGUUUGCAUCCUGCAUGAAUAUAUGCAGCGUGUCCUAAAGGUUCGACCUGUUUACAGUUUUUUUGAAUGUGAGAACCCAAGUGAACCCUUCGGCGCCUCGGUCAUUAUAGAUGGAGUAACUUACGGCACAGGAACUGCAAGCAGUAAAAAACUUGCUAAGAAUAAAGCUGCUCGAGCCACACUGGAAAUCCUCAUCCCUGACUUUGUGAAGCAGACCUCGGAGGAGAAACCUGUCGAGGGAGAUGAACUGGAGUAUUUUAAUCAUAUCAGUAUAGAAGACUCAAGAGUGUAUGAGCUGACCAACAAAGCAGGACUUCUUUCGCCAUAUCAGAUUCUUCAUGAGUGCCUUAAAAGAAACCAUGGAAUGGGAGACACCAGCAUUAAAUUUGAGGUGAUCCCUGGAAAAAACCAGAAGAGUGAAUACGUGAUGACGUGUGGGAAACACACUGUGCGCGGCUGGUGCAAGAACAAGAGGGUUGGCAAACAGCUGGCAUCUCAGAAGAUCUUACAGAUGCUUCACCCCCAUGUCAAGAAUUGGGGCUCACUGCUGCGCAUGUACGGCAGAGAGAGCAAUAAGAUGGUCAAGAAGGAGAACUCUGACAAGAGUGUGAUCGAGCUCCAGCAGUAUGCCAAAAAGAACAAGCCAAACCUUCAUAUCUUGAACAAAUUGCAAGAAGAAAUGAGGAAACUGGCUACUCAGAGGGAGGAAACGAGGAAGAAACCUAAAAUGACCAUAAUGGAGUCGGCCCAACCAGGGAGCGAACCCCUCUGCACUGUCGACGUUUAAGUCUCGGAAUCACUGAAGAACCACGGCACUGAAGCCCAGUCACUGUCCAACAUCACACACCACCAUCCAUCCCUUAAUUAUGCAUCACUGAGAUCUAAUGGCAAUAUAGUAUCAUAUAGACCAGGUCGGUAGAACUGCUUGCUUCCUCCACGUACAUUUCUUCUUGGUGCAGCUGGUAGAUGUUAAGGGUAGGACUCGAUGCACCAACGGAUCAUAGAGCAAAUAUUUUCUACCUCUCUAGAUGCAUCCGCGCUGUACCACUAGGAAAAAUCCUCCUGGGUGCAGAGAAGUUAACAUGACUCGACUCACAAACCAACAUCCGACUAAAAUAAAAUGCAUGCUUCUUUAACCGCGAAAAACCACUGCACACAUUGGUUUUGUUUUGAAGUGUUUUCAGCAGUCUUAGAGUACCUGUUAGUUUUGUUUGUGCUUAAAGUAUUUGAAAGGGACUACUAAUACUUGUAUUUAUGCCAUUUGUUUAAUUGGGAAGCAAAGCUCCUUCAUUGGGUAUUUUAAUGCUAGGUGUCAUGGAUAUUUUGGGUGAUGCAUACAGACGUACCGUUUUGUUUUUCCUCGGAAUGAACAGUCUCGGUUUGCACGAUAACAACUCGCAUUGUGAGGUGAUCACUAUUCAGAACUCUUUCAAUGCACUCGUGUCCUGUCAGAUAUUUUUGUUGACUGAUCACGCUGUUGGUAUAGAAAUAACUGCUUUUGGGAUAUGUGAGGUGAGGGUCUUGUUGCCUUUUUACAUUUACUUUGAUACAAGAAACUCGUCCUGCUCUCCAUAGCAACGCUGCAGUAAAUCCAAGCACAGGCCCACGGAGUACUGUAACAUGUUUAAGUUGGAGGAUCUUUUUUUAGAUGCUCUCAGUCGCUUUGUUUUCCUUACUGAAAUACUAAUGCCACCCACACCCACUAACAACAACUAACAUUUAAGUUUCAUUUUUGGUGCCCUUAAAAAAAAAAAAGAAAAGAAUCAUGUUGGCUACAUGUUGCCUUAGUUAAUCCAUUUCAUGAAGGGCUCAGAGUAUAUAGAGUAUAUUGGACCUAAAACACCCUUCAGCAGGAAGUGGAAAGACCAAGCUCCAUUUACUUGAUAAAGCAUUUAGUAAGCAAUUAGUAUUUUUAAUGAAGACAAGCCUAUUAAACAUAAUACACUUGGGGAAAUAUGCCUACAGCAUGUGCAGAUUUUUAAAACUCCUCACUGGAUUAUGAUUUUUGUGUAUGUUUGCAGUCGGUGACAGUUGAUUUCACUGUCUGAUCACAAGUAGAGUACAUUUAUCAAAGGGCAACCUUGGGGGGG